ACAUUUAAACUGUUGUUAUCUAGAGCUGUUGGUCACUCUGGAGGUAAUCGCUGCUCGAGGUGUGUUUAUCAGUCUGUCUGUAGGUGUUGUGUGUUAUUUCUCCACCCAUCUGAGCUGCUCUUUAAGACGCAGUAGACUUUGGCCUCAGGAGCGGCUGCUGUUCCUCCGUCCAUCACACUAUGAUCUAACGCAGAGAAACCGCAGAAGAUCUCAAGACACGGCUGAGAAACGUCUCCAAGAGCUCGUCUGAUCUCCUCGGUGCUGUCCUCAUGCUGCAGGGUUCGAGUCCAUUCGGCUGGUCCAGCGGUUAUCCUGAAUCGCUUCGCUCCAGCGUCACGGCUCUGGAUGACGCGUCCUCAGAUCUGUCAGGUUUAUCCAGACCCAGCGCUAAAUCAAUAUACAAUCAGAGGAAGGAAUAUGCCGACUCCAUCAACAGACAGAUGCAUCAGUUCCAGCACCGAGUGGAGCAUCUGUUCACCUGUGAGCUGGACGGCCAGCAGCUGUGUGACGUGAACGACUGUCUGGAGCGGCUGAAGUAUCUGGACGCUACGGGCCGAGUGUGGGGUCAGGACGUCCUGCUGGAGGUGCAGGACGGAGCGCUGCUGCUCGCCGACAUCGAGACCAAGGAGGUGUUGGAGUCGUGGCCUCUGAGCAGUGUUCUGGAUCUGAAGGCUGUUCUAGACGAGAGACUUUACGACUCUCUGCUGACCGUCAGCAUUCAGGAGCGCGGCAGCCGCGCAGUCAGCGUCUUCCUCUUCCAGAGCGAGUCUCUCAGGGCCGAUUAUCUGAAGAAAGACCUGGAGCGGCUCCUGCAGAACAAGAGAGAUGAUCACAGGCUGACUAAUGGCAGUAAAGCCGCUGUUAGAAACGUCACACAGAGAAACUCGCGACAAGCAUCUCCUCCACCUCAGCUGAUCCUUCAGAAACCACCUGAACCCUGGGCUGCUUCGGAUUACGAUGAGAGUCCGGUCCCGACUCCUCCCGCCUCCAGAAAUAACUCCACCUACAUAAAGGUAGUGGCUCCACCCCCUCACACAGAAGAACCGCCCAUUAAACCAGACCCACCCCCUCCGCAGCCGUACACAGAGAGGGAGAGGAACGUGGACAUCCUGAAUCACCUCAUUAAUGACAUCGAGGCCUUUGCGAGCCAACUGACAGCCGUCGCACCCAAGAUGGACAAGAAGAAAAAGAAGAAGAAGCGUAAGGCUGUGAAGGGAAUGCCGUCAGAGGAGCAGUUCUCCAUCUGUCUGAGGAAAAUCAAGAUGGCCUUUAACCUGCUGGCCAGCCUGCAGGGGAAGAUUAACAAUCCGAGCGCCGCUGAACUCGUUCACUGUCUGUUCUCUAUACUGGAUCUGGUUGUGUUUCACUGUAAUGAGGAUCUCCCUCCGUCUAUCGUGGCUCCUCUUUUUGAGGGGGAGUGUGUUUUUUUGUGAGAGGAGGGGAGGCGGGGGGGGGGUAUUAUGUGGCAGUCACUAGGAGAUGCCUGGAACAUUCCCAGCACGAAGUGGCCGGAGGAUGAUGAUGAUAUUCCCACAUACACACCUGUGUUUGAAGAUGGAUGGGAGCCGCCAGCCAUCAGAAACCCAGAGCCGAGCGUCACAAACACGAACGUGAACACAAGCAAACCAGAGCCAGCUCAAGGGCAUGUGACACGACAAAUGAGCAAUAGACUGCCGCUGGAGCCUGAGGACAGUUUAGAGGAGCUACCGGCGAGCUUCAUGAGAGCUGUGUUUGAUUUCACAGCACGAAACCCGCGAGAGCUUUCCAUCAGUAAAGGUGAACAACUACAGUUGUUGGACAUGUCUAAGCAGUGGUGGAAGGUGAAGAAUGAAAAAGGCCAGAUCGGUUACGUCCCAAACAACAUGCUCCUGCCUCCGCAGCAGCAGGACAAACCUGAAACCCCGUCUGCACCCACACUCACCCGAAAAUCACGACCCGAGGAGGUGCGGGCCUGGCUGGAGCACAAAGGCUUCAGCAAAAUUACGGUGCGGUGUUUAGGAGGCGUUAGCGGCUCAAUGCUGCUGGGAAUGACACGCGACGAGCUCAAGACCAUCUGUCCGGAGGAGGGAGGACGUGUCUUCUACCAGCUGCAGAACAUCAAAUCAGCCCUCGCAAUGGCCAGUGAAGUGAGGCCGAUGAUCUGAGCCAUGACCAGAUUCUGAAGAAAAUGACGCUAAAUCACUAAAUUUGUAUACUAUUUCUGCAUUCCGUUUCCGUUUGGACCCGAAGAAUCGCUAAUUUAUAAAACAGUCAUAACUUAAUAUUUUUCAACUUAAACUAAAUUGUAUUUGAUUAGCAAUUUAAGUGAAUGUGAAGAAAUUUCACCAUGUUAUUCCUGAAUAUACCACUUUUUUAUUAAUUAAAAAAAAAAAAAAAUCUUUGAAUUUUAAAAUGGCUAAUGAACCAGACCAAAAAUAAAACUCGGAUGCAAAAAAUAUAUUUAUAUUUUUGUCAAUAUUGAUGAAAAUUUUAAUUUGAAAACAUUAUUGUAUGAAAUUUAUAAUAGCAUAUAAUCUGAUCAUUAUCAGUAUUAACCCAAUGAACUCAUGAUUGCUCAGUCCAUAUUUAUAAAACCUACUUAUUUAUUUCUAACAAACAGCAUAAAUAUUCCUCUGAAUUUUCAAAAUAAA